AUGGCUACCCAAACUAUUCACCACACUCGCUGUAACAGCUUUCCCCUCCCAUCUACACAGCAUCCACUAUCUACAGAGGUUAAUGAGCAUUUGAACAGAUUAAGGGCUUCUGCAGCUACAUCUACCUCAUCAUCAUCAUCAAUAAGCCAUAAACUAAAUGGCUUUCAGGAUUUGUAUGUUUGUGUUGAUGAGUUGCUUCAACUGCCUUUAUUCCAGCAAGCUUUAGCCCAAGAACAACAUAAGGAAUGGGUUGAUGAGUUGUUGGAUGGUUCUCUUAGGCUCCUGGACCUGUGUAGCACUACUAAGGAUGUUGUGCUGCGAACAAAGGAAAGCGCAAAUGAACUUCAAUCAGCUUUGCGUAGAAGGAAGAGUGGUGAAAUUGAGCUUGUAAGUGAGGUGAGGAAGUACUUAACCUCCAGGAAAGUUGUCAAAAAGACUAUCCACAAGGCAUUGGGAAAUCUGAAGGGCAUACAAACAAAACAAAUUUUCUCUCCUUCAGACGAUCAUGAGACAAAGGCCAUUGUUAGCAUUCUCCGAGAGGUUGAAUCAGUCACUUCUUCCAUGUUUAACCAUUUGUUAUCUCUGAUCAAUGGGCCGAACCCUGGAAGUUGGUUAUUAUUUUCGAAACUAAUGCAUCACAAAAGAAUAACUUGGGAGGAAGCAGGAAGAGACAUAAAUGGAUUUGAAAAUGUUGAUACUGCUUUAAAAUCCCUUGCGAGUCAGAAGAUGAGCAAAUCUGAGAACAUCAUGAACCUUGAGAUCCAAAACCAUCUAAAAGACUUGGAGCUGUGUAUUCAAGUCCUUGAAGAUGGAUUCGACUGCCUCUUCAGGUGUAUGAUCAAAGCUAGAGUCUCCCUUCUCAGCAGCCUUACCUCGUAG